UUUCAGAUGAUAAGGAAACUGAUGAUUUACAAACGCAUGAGGAGGAAGGGCCAGUGAAGGUGUCCUACAUUUUCCCAAAUGGAGACAGAUAUGAGGGGGAGAGCAGCAGGGAUGAAUCAGGGGCCAUGAUGAGGAGUGGGACUGGGAAACACACCUCAGCAGGUGGUGUCAUAUACACGGGAGAGUGGCAUGAAGACAAAAUGCAUGGCAGAGGCACCCUGCAGCAUCCCUCUGGAGCUCUGUAUGAAGGAGAAUUCAAAGACAAUAUGUACGAAGGCACAGGAACAUACACCUUCCCCGACGGGUCAGUGUACAGAGGCCAAUUUCAUAAGAACAGGCUGGAGGGAGAAGGGACACUCACUGACGCACAGGGACUAGCAUGGACCGGGGAUUUCCACGGGAAAGCAGCGCUGGGUCUGAAAAUGCAGCACAACAGUUAAGCAAAACCAACAUUAUUGGCCUGUAUUGAAUAAAUGCCUUCACUGACUUUAGUCCACAGUAGAGAAAGUUUCACUGUACUGACAUUGACCCUCUUUGCGCCCACAUGCUUGUACUGUAUAUCUGUGUAAUGGUGGUGAAACAUCCAGUGAGUCAUGUCUCUUGCCAGAGGUCACUCUCUGAGCUGUAUGCACUGCUUUG